AUGGAUUAAAAUUAUAUUGAUAAAUAAGUAAAAUAAGGAAAAGUCCUUGUUGUAAUAAACAAAUUAGUAUAUGAUUUGACAGAUUUCAAAACUAGACAUCCAGGAGGGUUUAAAAUUUUAGAAAAAUAUAAUGGUUAUGAUGUUACUAGACAGUUUGAAGUUGUUAUUCGGCAUAGUGAAAAGGCUAAGGAGAUGAUGAAGGAAUUUUUUAUUGGCUCCUUUUAAGACCGAAGAUAAAAGGUUUCAUGGGAUCAUAUUAGAUCGAACCAGGAAAAACUAUACAUAGUGAUCUCAAAUAAUUUAUAUGAUUGCACUGAGUUCGCAGAUAAUCAUCCAGGAGGAAAAGAGAUUUUGCAAUUAUAUAAGAAUUAAAAUGCAACAGAGGCAUUUAAAAGACUUGGCCACAGUUAAGAAGCAAGAGAAAAGAUGGAUUUAUAUAAAAUUGGGGAACUUGAACAUAAAAAAGCUGAGGGGAAUUCGUAGAGAUGGCUUUUAUUUUUUAUAGGACUGGUAAUUGCAUACAUUUACAAGAGUAUAGCUUAUUGA